UAUUUGCAGUUUCCUGAAUGCGGUUUCUAUGGAAUGUAUGACAAAAUUCUGCUCUUUCGCCAUGACCCUACCUCUGAAAACAUUCUCCAGUUGGUAAAAUCAGCUACAGAUAUCCAGGAAGGAGACUUAGUCGAAGUUGUCCUGUCAGCUUCUGCUACGUUUGAAGACUUUCAAAUCCGGCCACAUGCUCUUUUUGUUCAUUCUUACCGGGCACCAGCUUUUUGUGACCACUGUGGAGAAAUGCUGUGGGGACUGGUGCGGCAAGGCCUCAAAUGUGAAGGAUGUGGUCUAAAUUACCAUAAGAGAUGUGCUUUUAAAAUCCCUAACAACUGCAGUGGUGUACGUAAAAGGCGCCUGUCGAAUGUCUCCUUAACAGGACUCAGCAGCAUUCGGACAGUUUCUGCAGAGCCUUCGCCUAGCACGUCAGAGGAAGCUCUUCUGCAAAAGACACCAUCAGAAUCAUUCACUGGUCGAGAGAAGAGAUCAAACUCACAGUCCUACAUUGGACGACCUAUUCAGCUUGACAAGAUCUUACUUUCCAAGGUUAAAGUGCCUCACACAUUUGUCAUCCACUCUUACACACGCCCAACAGUUUGCCAGUAUUGUAAGAAGCUUCUCAAAGGACUUUUUAGACAGGGUUUGCAGUGCAAAGACUGUAGGUUCAAUUGUCACAAACGCUGUGCUCCUAAAGUGCCAAAUAACUGCCUGGGGGAAGUUGCCAUUAAUGGAGAUCUCCUUAGUCCUGGGGCUGAGUCUGAUGUGGUCAUGGAAGAAGGGAGUGAUGACAAUGACAGUGAAAGAAACAGUGGUUUUAUAGAUGACAUGGAAGAAUCUAUAGCUCAUGAUUCUGAGAUAUCAAUGACGGGAUGCCACAGUGACAAUGGGGAAAUGCAGGAUCCUGAUGCAGAUCAUGAUGAGUCUAACAGGAUGAUCAGCCCUUCAACCAGCAACAAUAUUCCAUUAAUGAGAGUGGUACAAUCUGUGAAGCACACGAAAAGGAGAAGCAGCACAGUAAUGAAGGAGGGCUGGAUGGUUCACUAUACAAGCAAGGACACACUGAGGAAGAGACAUUACUGGAGACUAGACAGCAAAUGCAUUACACUUUUUCAAAAUGAUACUGGAAGCAAAUAUUAUAAGGAAAUUCCAUUGUCUGAAAUUUUGUCUCUGGACCCUGCAAAAACUUUCACUUUACUGCCUCAGGGAGCCAGUCCUCACUGUUUUGAAAUAAGCACAGCAAAUAUAAUCUAUUAUGUUGGAGAAAACAUAGAAAACCUUGCAAGUGUUCCACUAAAUAACAGUGUUCUCACUAGUGGUAUUGGCACAGAUGUGGCAAGAAUGUGGGAGAUGGCAAUACAGCAUGCUUUGAUGCCUGUCAUCCCUAAAGGGGCAUCAACUGGAUCAGGACCAAAUGUACACAGGGAUAUAUCCAUCAGUAUUUCAGUGUCAAACUGCCAAGUUCAAGAAAAUGUGGACAUUAGCAGUGUGUACCAAAUCUUCCCAGAUGAGGUGUUGGGAUCAGGACAGUUUGGAAUUGUUUACGGAGGAAAGCAUCGCAAAACAGGAAGAGAUGUUGCCAUUAAAAUAAUUGACAAACUAAGGUUUCCAACCAAACAGGAAAGCCAACUUCGUAAUGAGGUUGCAAUUCUACAGAAUCUUCAUCACCUUGGGGUUGUAAAUCUGGAGUGCAUGUUGGAAAAACUCCAUGGAGACAUGUUGGAGAUGAUCUUAUCAAGUGAAAAAGGCAGAUUGCCAGAGAGAAUAACGAAGUUCCUAAUUACUCAGAUCCUUGUUGCUUUAAGGCAUCUUCAUUUCAAAAAUAUUGUUCAUUGUGACCUGAAACCAGAGAAUGUAUUGUUGGCAUCAGCUGACCCUUUCCCACAGGUAAAACUCUGUGAUUUUGGCUUUGCUCGAAUCAUCGGAGAGAAAUCCUUUAGGCGUUCAGUUGUAGGAACACCAGCUUACCUUGCUCCAGAAGUACUGAGAAACAAAGGCUAUAACAGAUCUCUGGAUAUGUGGUCUGUGGGUGUCAUCAUUUAUGUAAGCCUCAGUGGUACCUUUCCAUUCAAUGAAGAUGAAGAUAUUCAUGACCAAAUUCAGAAUGCUGCCUUCAUGUAUCCACCUAAUCCAUGGAAGGAAAUUUCUCCUGAAGCUAUUGAUCUCAUAAAUAAUUUGUUGCAAGUGAAAAUGAGAAAGCGCUACAGUGUGGACAAAACAUUAAGCCAUCCAUGGUUACAGGACUAUCAAACCUGGUUAGAUUUAAGGGAACUUGAAUGUAAAAUAGGGGAACGUUACAUCACCCAUGAAAGCGAUGAUUCCCGAUGGGAGCAGUAUUCAGGAGAACAUGGAUUGCAGUACCCAGCACACCUUAUCAAUCCAAGUGCUAACCAUAAUGAAAACACCACACUAGAGGAAACUGAAAUGAAAGCCCUCAGUGAGCGUGUCAGCAUCCUUUAAGUUGCAUCCCCUAUAAUCUGUCAAAACACUGUGGAAUUAAUAAAUACAUACGGUCAGGUUUAACGUUUGCCUUGCAGAACUGCCAUUAUUUUCUGUCAGAUGGGAACAAAGCUGUUAUGCUGUUACACUGUUGAUGUAUCUGAGUUGCCAAGACAAAUCAACAGAAACAUUUUUGUGUGACCAACUGUGUUGUAUUUACAAAAGUUCCCAGAAACACUAAACUUGUUAUUGUGAAUGAUUCAUGUUGUAUUUAAUGCAUUAAAACCUGUCUCCACUGUGCCUUUGCAAACUAGUGUUUUUCUUACUUGAGCCUCAUUUUGGUAAGAGAAAACUUUCCCAUGAAGACCUGGGGGUUUUUUGUUUGUUGGGGUUGUUUAGUUUUUUUUUGUUGGUGGUGUUUUUUUUGAUGCAUCAUUAGUAUUGUAAUUGUAAGCAAACUCUUGAAGAGUAGAUUAUUACUGCUGUUCUGUGAACAACUUCUACCAUUUGGAUAAAAGCUUUAUUUAGUGUGGGGAAAAAAAAGAAAAAUACAAAAACAAAGCAUAAAAUAAAUUGUACAGCACUGUACAGUUUUAAAUCAGAUAACCUGUGUGUAUGUGAUUUUAUGUAUGGCUAU